UCAUCGACCCCGUCACGUUCCACAACAUGAACAAACACGUCCAGGACAUCCUGUUCAUCAUCGCCGUCAGCAACUCGGUGGUUAACCCUUUCAUCUACGGUCGCUACUCCAUCAGCUGUUGCCGCGGCCUCUGGAACACUACCGGUGACCUGUGUUGCUACUGGUGUUGCCCUUGUACCCCCGGCAAGAACCUCGUACCUGCACAACCUCCCAAUGUCAACUCCUGCAAGAGCAACGGGCAUUUCAACGCUUCCGCCCAAACACGCAGUACCAUCUAUAACAACUCCACCAGGGACAGGAUGGUCGUCGGUGUACGCAUACAGGGAUCCUGUUCCAGAGAGACGUACAAAAAGUUAAGCCAAAAGGAAGUCCCCGCUGCCCAGAGAUUCAGCCUCGGUGCUUCGGAAGGCGUUUCGAAGCAGCUCGGCGAGAACGAAGCUCCGAAGCCGGGCCUCCCCGUUGAGUCCGAGAGCCCAAGCGGUUCACAAGGGGAAGGAGGAAGGACAAGAGAGAGAGAGGCUGAGAAAGACUUCGUCGCACGAGGCCCGUCGGCUGCAAAGGAGGGUCAAGAAGCUGCCUCUGCGACCUCUGCGACCUCGCCUCCUUCGCCUCCUUCGCCCAAAAGAAGCAAUGAAGCUGGGCGCGACGCGGGAAUCUGCCAGGCAAGAGAUCUGCCACUGGAAGACGAACGGUCGGCCUUACUAAGCCAGUCUCCGAGACCUUCUGUCAUAGGUAAAGAUGCGGAAUCUGCUUAUGGAAUGGAACCGAAACUCGCAGCGGUCGUCGAUGCCCCCUGAGGCCGAGCUGCAG